CCUCCCCACUACCGCUAUGGGAUGAGCCGUCCAGGCUCCCUAUCAGACAAGAGGAAGAAUCCUCCAUGGAGCAGGUGGCGCCCAGUGGUGAUAGAGCCCAUCUCUGAUGAAGACUGGCACCUAUUCUGUGGAGACAUGGUGGAGAUCUUACAAGGCAAGGAUGCUGGGAAGCAAGGCAAAGUGGUCCAAGUCAUUCGGCAGCAGAACUGGGUUGUCUUGGAGGGGUUGAACACGCAUUUCCACUAUAUUGGUAGAACCAAGGAUCACCGAGGGACCAUGAUCCCUAGUGAAGCCCCAUUACUUCAUCAUCAGGUCAAGCUAGUGGACCCUGUGGACAGGAAACCCACUGAGGUCCAGUGGAGAUUUACUGAGGCAGGAGAGCGGGUUCGAGUCUCUACAAGAUCUGGGAGAAUUAUCCCCAAACCUGAAUUUCCUAGAGCAGAUGGCAUUGUCCCUGAAACAUGGACUGAUGGCCCCAAGAACACAUCAGUGGAAGAUGUUCUAGAAAAAACUUAUGUGCCCCGGCUAAAGAUAUAAGAAGAAGAUGUGAUGGAGGCAAUGGGGAUCCAGGAGCCUCGAAAACACAAGAAGGUUUAU